GAACUAAUCAUAUCUAGAGUCUAUAGUAGGAGAAUUAUAAUUGAUGGAUUUGUGCCGUAGCAACUUUUCAUGAUAGGGGACUGUAUGGUUGAUGGCAAAAUGAUCAUGUAUGCUCAAAGCAUUUUCAACACAAAUUUGAACACAGAAAACCAAAGUUGAUAAAUAAAAGAUAGUUUGCAGGAAAGAAGAUUAAUAGGCCCCAUGAUAGCAGAAAGAUUCUUAUGGUAUAUAUAAUUCAUAGUUUCCCUCCACAAACUAGACAGACCCUCACUUGUUCCACUCACUUUAUGAUGCAAGGCCCACGUGCCAAACACAUGAAACUCAUCAUAGAAAAAGAUGGGGUAAAUGAAAUUAUUGAGGAGUAGAUAAAAGAUAGCAAUUAAAGAUGAUGGUUCACUAAGAAAAGCUUUCAGUAGUACAUGCAUUUAUUGGUACUAUUUUCUGGUUCAUAUUAAGGAAGCACACACUAUGCAUACAGAUCCAAUGUUUGUGACGUAGGUUUUGUUAGUCUUGAAAAUCUACUUUUGAGCAGUAGGCGCUCAUGGCAAAGAAGAAGACAUGGUUCAGUAUGUUGAAGAGUUUCUUCGUUUCAGAACCGAAUGAAAGGUUGGAGAAGAAGGAUAAGCAAAAGAGAUGGAUCUUCCGAUUGCUUAAGGUGAAACAGCUAGCUCCAUUUUCUGCAUCGACACCUGCAAGAGAAAGACUGUCAUGGGAAGCAGCAGAACAGAAUAAUUGUGGGAUUGUUGCAACGGAUGCUACUGAUGUGGGACAGGUACCAGUGAAUGGUGAAUAUGCUCAUCAACACGAGGAGUGUCAAAAAUCUGCUGAAAGCCAUGACCAUGCUGAUAUCCCGCAGCCCUCUCACCAAGACGAGGGGGCAUCUCAAGAAUUGGCUGCCACCAAAAUUCAAGCUGCUUUCCGCGGUUAUCUAGCUAGGAAAGCGCUACGAGCACUGAAAGGAGUCGUCAAGCUUCAAGCUCUUAUUCGUGGUUGGGCUGUUCGGCAGCAAGCUAUCAACACCCUCAAGUGUCUGCAGUCCAUAGUAAACAUCCAGUCAGAAGUUUGCUCGAAGAGAUGUGAAAGAAUUAAGGACAAUUCGCAUUGUCAAGAAUACAAGUCACAGGAUUUUAGGGAAAAGGACAUUAAAGUUGAUCUGAACAGCCAAAAGAGAUGGGAUGACAGUACAUUGACCAAGGAAGAAGUAAAAACCCUCUUUCUGAAUAAGAGAGAGGCUUCGAUCAAGAGAGAAAGGGUCAAAGAAUACUACUUGAGCCACCGGAGAUCAGCAGAAACAGAACGCGAGAAGGUAUACGGGAGACGAAGGUAUUGGUUAGAACAAUGGGUAGAUGCGCAGCUGGCCAAAAGCGAUAAUCCAGGGAAUUUGAAUAGAACUUCAUCAGCAAAUGCAAGAAAUAGAGAUGAAGUUGGUGGCGGCCUACCUAAUUUAAGAUAUUUGCAAAAGCAAUAUCAAGCAGAAAUCUCAGACUCUCCUACAUAUAUCCCAAGAAGAUCAUAUCAUCAUAGGAAGCAGCGGUCAAUAGGAGAUGAUAGUUCAUUUGCAGGUUCCCCUUCAAUUCCUGCAUACAUGGCCUCCACUGAGUCCGCCAAAGCAAAAGCUAGAUCACUGAGCUCACCAAGACUAAGGCCACUUAGUUUUGAUGUCUGUUCUGAGAUUACCUCUCCUUAUAAGCAUAAGCUCUCUCCUAUAUCAUCUAUUAAUAGUGAGCUUACAAGCAGCAGUUGGGUUGGGAAUCAUAUUAAUUCCUCACAAAAAUCCCCACGCUUGAAAGGUCUGGCUGGUCCUAUAAAAUCAACCAUGAGCAUAAAGGACCUCCGACUUCGGGGGAUUUAUUACCAAAAUGGUAUCGGCGUUGCAGAUGAUGCAAAUCCUAUGGGGAAAUAAAUUGUAGAAACUAUCUACUUUUGGGUAUUUACUAAAGCUUUAUGUAAAUUAUUGAAUUUUAUAUCUUAUAAUCAACAAAAGAUGGAGUAUGCUAGUACAGAUUUGAGAUUUCAAAACUGGUUUACAAUCCAUAAA